AUGGCCCAAGAAAUUCCAGACUGGAACAUUCUCUUCAAUGACGACAAGUUUAUCAAAGCUUAUAGACUCGGUGAAAGGGCUACCGUACAAUUCGCUCAGCUUCUCAUCGGCCAGAGUGGCAUAGUAGCUUACUCAAAGUCGCACCAAGACCGUCCAUUGGUGGUUCUUGACAACGCUUGCGGCACUGGGGUUGUCUCCAGUAUUCUUCAGCGCGAGUUGGACGAGCAUGUCAGGGCCAAAUGGCAGCUGACAUGUGGCGACCUUUCGGAGGGAAUGCUUGAGUACACCCGGCGCCGGGUGGAGAGCGAGAAAUGGCUUAAUGUAGAGGUGAAGACUGUGGAUGCGCAAGAUACAAAGUUGCCAUCCGAACACUUUUCGCACGUCUUCACGGCUUUUGCCUUUAUGGCCCUUCCAAAAGGGUUGGAUGCAUUGAAUGAAUCCACCCGUAUCUUGCAACCAGGAGGAACCAUUGCUUUCACUACUUGGAUCGAGCCGAGCUGGCUAAGGGAUGCUGGAAAGGCAAUUGCGACGAUAUCCAAUGACCUUCCAUGGCCGACAGCCGAGGAAUUCCUGGGCAUGAUAGGCCAGGGUCAAUGGAAUUCUGUGACAUGGAUUGAAUCCCAGCUCAGAGACCGAGACUACCGUGAUAUCAAAGUCAACGUUGUCACGAAAUACAACACACUUUCGGUGGCUGAGUUCGUGGAGAUGACCAUGUUCAUGAUGCCUCUAGUAAUGAAGUGCUGCUGGUCGGAGGCCUUGCAGGAGGAGAACAGAGACAAGGUUAAACCGGCCUUAGAGAAGUACCUGGCCGGUGCCUACGGAGAAAAGGGCGAGGUGCCUGGGGAAUGGAUCGCGAUCCUUUCGACGGCGCAGAAGCCUGCAGAAUGCCAAGUCUUGGAUGAUAUGGCUACUUGUUAA